UCGUCCCAAUGUUGUGCAUAAUUUGCUUGUUGGUCUCGGAAGGGCUGUUAGUCUUGAAUGUGCUCUUCGUCGCGCAACCUUGCUUCAUUUCUACUUCUCAUAAAGAAUCUAGAGCAACAAGUUGCACAUGUGCUUAGUAAUAGUAGUCUAAAUCCCGGAUACUUGUAGCUGUUAUUGUUGUUACCGGGGCAUCGGUCGGCCAUGGAGUCGCACGUGGCGAAGCAUCAGUGGCUCGAGACCCUAGAGCGGUUCGCAUUCGCGCACGACCGCGCCGCGGUUGUCGAGUCGCUCACGGCCGGCAGUUUCCGACACCUCUUCUUCAGCGCGCUUCAAGCCAUCGAGGCGGGGGACACCGCGGAGGCGCGCGCUCUUCUCACCACUCUCCGCGACGCCGCGGGGUUGCCGUCUCCUCCGCCUCCCCCGCCCCCCGGUUCUCCUUUCCGCGCGUCUCCGCGCGAGUCGCCCCUCGCGGCGCCGAAGCUCUCGAGCGUGUCGGUGGACGCCGCGUUUCUCGGGCCGGGCAGCCUCGUUCGUCUUAUUCAGGAGCUCGAGCUGCGCCUCGCCGUGGCGCUCUGGGAUUCUGGCGACCGCGACGCGUGCGUUGACAUUAUUAAGAAGGAGCUGAGCGUGACUCUCAACACCACCCCUCCUGCUAUCGUCGCCGCACCAUCUGCUGCCCCCGUUACAGUGCCAUCCUUUGAUGAGACAAUAGAGGAUGCAGAGGGGGCAGUCACGCCUGUAGCACCCACAGCAGCAGCAGUGACUGCCGCAGGAGAAGGUUCAGGUGGUGCUUCAGGUGGAGAAAACAUUGGGGUUGGAGCUGAUUCUGGCGCAGGUGGCACGUCCGCCCUCUCCUCCUUCCCCUCCGCCCUGCCGCCCCAAUUUGCGGACCAUUUGUCUCUUCUGGAGCUGACGUGGCAGCAGCAUGGGUGGGGGGGGCUCAAGGAAGGGGGGCUUGCGCCAGUGCUGGUGCGCCUGCUGGCAAAGGAGGAGGCGGAAGGGCAGGGGGCAGGGGGCGGAGAGGGGGGGGAAGGUGCACAGAAGGUUCCGUUUUGGACGAGAGAGGCGAUGGACAAGAAGUCGCUGCAGCAGCUGCUGAAGUGCGUGCGCCGCCCCUCACUACCCCACCUGGUGGACGCAGUGGCGUGGGAGCUGCAGCGGCUGGAGCGAGACGAGCCAGACGCCUUCAACCGCCUCAGCCUCCCGAUUCUGCAGAUCCUCACUCCCCCGCAACUGCACUCUCUUGCCGCCCGCUUCCCGUCACUUGCCGCCCAUCCGCAUCUGCUGGCGCUGCAGGCCAUUCAGAUGCUGCCACGUGGCAUGUCCCUGGAUUCCUCCGCACCCUCUCCUGAAAGCAUCGAUCAGAUUCUGAGCUACCUGGACCAGAUUCAGCCUCUGCUGACCAGCGACUACUGCAAGGCGAAGCUUCUCUUUGCGCGUCUGACUUUGCACCUCUUCCAAGGAAAGGCCGACCCCAGCCUCCUCCUCGCCUUCCUCUCGCUCAUCCACAAGGGGCCAUACAGCGUCUUCCCUCCUGCACGCCCCCACGAGGAGGCGUUCGUCCACGUGCCUCUCUUCGCCACGCACCCAUCCCCAUCCGACGUAAAGGAGGUCGUUGCCCAGCAGCUCAGGAUCAUCUUCUCCGCCCCCUCCUUCUCCUCCUCCCUCUCCUCUGCCUCCUCUGCCUCCUCCUCCUCCUCCUCCUCCUCCCCCCACUCCUUCCGCCUCCCUCUGGGCUCACCGACCGCCACAUCAGCAGCUGCCACGUCAGCAGAAGCAGCAGCCGGAGCAUCAGCGCAGUUCCCCUUCGCCCCGGAUUCCCGGGAGGCGGCGGCGCUGGUGGAGAGAGCUCUGCACACGUGGCAGCCUCUGAUUGGGCAGGGCAAGCUGGAGUGGAGCUACGUGGCGCUGCUAUUGGCCGAAUCACAGCUGUGCUGUGGGGACGACCCCUACUACCCUGUAUGGGUGCACCUCUACCUGACUGCCUACCAGACUCAGCACGCGCCCAACAACCCGACCGCUGCCAGCAGGGCAUUGGCCGAGCUGACCGGGCGGUGCCAGCUGGACUUUGCCGCCCACAACCGGCGGGUGUGGCGGGUGGCGGAUUCGGUGCAUCUGGACGUGGUUGUGAAGAACGUGCCUGUACUCGCUGUGAAGGUGUUUGAGGUGGACUCCCUGCGCUACCUGCUCGCCUCGCCGCUUGACACUGACUUCUCCAACUUGGGGCCGCUGGAUGGACUCAAGCCAUGGUAUCAGCAAGAGUUACAGCUGCAGCAGCAGGAGCAGCAACAGCAAACUCCCCUUCCCACCGCUACCACCACCACCACCACCUCCUCCUCCCCCUCCCGCCCGUUCUCCCUCAUAAAGCGAAUCCUGAGUGUGGAUCUGCCUCAGCUGGCUGGGCGGCGGGGCGUGUUUGUAGUGCAGCUGGAGGGCGGCGGACUGUGUACCCGGGCCAUCAUCCGAAAGGGCAAUCUAGUCCACACGUGCACCCUCACCCCGCGCGGUCUCUCCCUCCGCAUGCUCAACGAGGACGGCGCUCCCGUGCUGCCCACCAGUGCCGGGCAUGUGCAACCCUCGGCAGCAGCAGCACCGGCAGCAGCCGGACCAGGCGGAGGCUCGGGUGCAGGCUUGGGCGGAGGUUCGGGAGAGGCGUUGCCGAGCGUGUUGGGAGGGCGGGCGGCGAGUGUGUGGGUGGAUGGGUUGGAGUAUGCGGUGGGGGGGGAGGGCGAGGUGGUCAUCCCCUUCACUGUCACCAGCAGGCGCUGCACCCCGGUGCUCUUCGACGGGUGCCUGGCUGCUGUGGGUGGUUCCAUCGAUAUGCCAGAGGAGAGUUACAACCUCAACUUGCACGCGUGGCUCGACCAACCCUUCCUCCGCCCCUCUGCUGACGUCACCAUCCUCCUCCGCCCCUCCCUCACUCUCUCCCCCCUCUUCUCUCACUCCUCCUCUACCCCACCGGCGCCCCUUUCGCUCCUGCGCUCAACCGAGCUCGUGGUUUCCUGGAAGCUUCUAGAGGGCCAGGAUGUGACUGUUCGCAUCCCCAACCUCUCCCUCCGGGCCGAUUCGGAGUUAACCCACAGGACGAAAGUCCCGGACAGCGCUGUUCGUCUUGUACUGACCCUCCGGGGAACAGUGCUCCUGCAGAGCAAGGGCGGGCAGGAGAAGGUGCUGACUACAGAAAGUUCCUGGAAUGUUCUGGCCCCGUUUGAGCCUGGGGGGAGGGCGGUGGCGAAUGGGAGGGAGGAAGGGAUGGGGGAGAAGAAAGGGGGAGGGGAGGGGAAGAGCGGUGGGGGAUAUGUGGUGCGGGUGGUUGGGGAGGCGGGCGAGGGGAAGGCAGGGCGGAGAGUGGUGGUGCGACUGCGGCACCGACUGGCCAAUGAGUGGUCGCCAGAUGUUGUGAUGAGAAGCGACGAUGAUGGGUGUGUGUAUCUGGGUGAUGCAUGGAGGGCGGGGAUGGAGGAAUGGGAGCACGUGUGGUAUGUGAAUGCACCACGGAUGGCUCUGAUUGGGCCACGUGGCACCGCUGGUACAGGCACAGGAGCAGGAGAGAGGGCAGCAGUGGUUUCUGGAGAGGCGGCGGCAGCAGCAGAGGGUGGGAGUCCGGCAGAGUGGCUGUCGUCUCAUGUGGUGGUGGUGGGCGGGGAGGAAAUUCCGGGUGCGGGUGCUGGUGAUGGUGGGGAUACACUAGGCUUGGAUAAAGUGAUUCUGCGACUGCCUUAUGUCACUGCUGCGGCUGCUGCUGCUGCUGCUGCUGCUACUAGUGCUGCUGCUGGUGAUGCUGCUGGCGCUGCUAACGCACUCCCCAUCUGCCCGUCUCUCUUCCGCGUUGCCGCUGCAUCGGGGCUCGCAGAGGAGGUGGCGUUCCUUGCCGACUGCAGCGAGCGACUUCGACUGAGACAGGGCUACCUGGAGCUGCUGGCAGUGGCAGCAGGCGACUACUCUCUCUUCCUCCCCUGGGACGACAAAACCAUCUCCGUCAGCGUCCUUCCUCCUCCCCCCUCCUCCAACCCUUCCCAUCCCUCCGCCUCUCUCCCUUACCCCGGCUGGGCGGUCGACUUGUCACAUAGACAGCUCCGAAAAUUGCCGCCCGCUCACCCGCUGACCAUCUCCGCUGCUACUGUUGAUGGGAUAGGGAUGUUGCAGAGGGGGAAGGGAGGGGGGAGAGGUGGAAUGGGAGGGGAAGGGGGAGGAGAUGGAGCAGAGGCCGGGGUCGGAGGUGUUGGUAGGAGGGGGGAGAGGAAGGCUCUGUGGGUGAGGGUGGGGGGGUGUGGCCCUAGCACGCGUGUGCAUGUGCUGGUGCGGCAGGGAAUGGUGGCACGGGCCGUGCCUGGCGCUGAGCUGGGAGUGUUUGGGGGGGGGGAGGAGGGGGAGGAGGGGGUGGAGGGCGUGUGGACGGGAGGGAUGUGGGUGGAGGAGCGGAGGGUGGGGUUGGAAGAGGCGGAGAGUCAGUAUGGGGAUAAGGAGCUGAUGGACGAAGAGAUCAUCUAUGUGCAGAACCGCCAGAAGGCCACCCCUAGCGAGCGGGUGGGGCACCUGCUCCCGCUGCCGUCGCUUCUCAUCAACCCGCGUGUGACCGCUGCCAGCACCGCCAAGCGCGCGCCCCCCCCUCCGCGCCAACUACACGCCGACCCGAUGGCCAAGAAGAAGCAGCUGCUGGGCGUGAUGAUGCAGCAGAAGGGCCGAGCGGGGUUCGGGGGGAACAGGAUUGAGAGGGACAUGAUGGCGUGCGGUGUGGAGGAGCAGUGCAUGCGCAUGGCUGCGCCGCAAGCGGCCGCGUGCUUCUUUGCCGGACCGAUGCUCAGUGCAGGUGUUGGCUCCUUCGCCCGGUCUCAGUCGGGCCCACCCCCCAAGCAUGCCCCGCUGUUCGCAGCGCCGCCCACCCUCAUUGCCAAUCUGCGCCCUUUCAGGGGCACGCAGAGCGGUGGUGGUGGCACUGCUUCUGCGACUGGUGGUAGUACUACUUUUUCUAAUUCUGGUUCUGGUGGUACUGGUGAUGGGGAGGAAGAGGGGGAGAUGUGUGGCUGGGUUGCUGUUCCUAGAUCCUCCCUGCCACGUGGCAGUCUCUCAUUGACUGUCGUGGCUGUGGACUCUGGGGACAGUGCUUGGGGGUGCCAGAUGGCACGCUGUGAUUUGCUCGUUCCGGCAGAGGCGUGGGAGGAGGAGGCGGGGAGUGAGGAGAAGGGGAGGGAGGAGAGAUUGAGGGAGGAGAGGGGGAGGGAGUGGGUGCUCCAGGACGCAUUGGAUCCAGCCAGGCACUACCACGAGAGGAGGGCGGUGGAGGUGUGGAGGAAGGGAGAGGUGCACCGCAUUGCUGACGUGGCAAUGGCACAGGUGGCGAUAUUUGAUUCCAUAGAGCGAGCUCACGGCUUAUUGGCCAGCUUCAUUAGCCAAUCGGAGCGCGACAGGUGGCAGCAGCUGGCGUUCCUGCUACAGUGGCCGGCCAUGGGAGCGGGCGGCAAAGUGGACAAGCUCCAGCGGUUUGGGUCCCACGAGCUGCACCUGUUCCUCUUCUUCCACGACAACGCGUUCUUUGCUAAGCAUGUGCGGCCAGCCAUCGCCUCCAAGCUCGAUCGCUCUUUUCUGGACCUCUGGCUGCUGGGCGACCUUGACGGGGUGCUUGCGUUCUGCUCCUUACCCGCCUAUCUCAACCUCAACGCCUUGGAGAGGUGCCUGCUGGGGCUGGCCGUGUGCUUCCACGUGCUGCUGCAACACCGAGGGCUGCGACCCCUGGACUGGCCGUACCAGCCACACCUCAUCCAUCCCAGUGAAGUCCUGGAUGACCUGGUAACCCUGUCAACGCCCACCACCCCAGCAGCAGCAUCCGAGGCAGCAGCAGCCUCCUACCGCCGCUUCACCACUGCCCUCGCCAGCCGCAGCGACCUCCGCCCUCGCGCCAAACCUCCCGCCGAACCUGCCUCCGAACCUGGCGCCCCACCCAAGGGCACUCCUUCUGCUUCCCUUCCCCGUAGCGCUGCUCCCCCUCCCCCUCCCCCUGGUGCCUCGUCUGGGGGGCUUCGGGGGGCGCCUCCCCAUCCCCCUCCUGCGGCUGCUCCAGCCUUUGCUGCUGCCUCGUUUGGGGCUGCCCGUUCUGCUCCCAUGGAGUUGCAUGAAGCGACGGAGAAAGAGGAAGAGGAGGAAGGGGAGGAAGAGGAGGACGAAAUUAGCUCAAAUUAUGAGGAAUACGGAGAGGAGCUAGAGUUGGGGGAAUAUGGAGGUGCUGGUAUGGACGAUGAGGGUUCUGCGGAAUUGGAGGAAGAGGAAGAGAGACAGAAAUGCCGGAAGCCUAAGAUGCUGGCGAUGUCAGCAGCACCGGGAGGGGGAGGAGGAGGAGCAGCAGGGAUGCGUUUCAUCUGCGACGGCUGCGGCGCCGAUCCAAUCGUUGGACCCCGCUACCGCUCGCAUGUUCGUGACGACUACGACCUCUGUGCGUCGUGCUUUGCCACCAUGGGCACCCCGGGCGAGUACCAGCGGAUUGACUCCGGCCCUUCGUUCGGUGCUCUAGCUGUUGUGGAGGAGGCAGAAUCUCUACCCGCGCCCUUGAGCCAGCAGCGCCCCCACAAGGUUGACGUUACUAAGCGCUACGCAGAGACGCACUACUUUAAGCGCGAUCUUAGAGAUCAAACGCCGGACCUCAUCCCCUCGUCCCCCUUCUGGGUUGACUUCAUUCGGCACAUCCUUGCCGCUGCCGAAGCUGCUGCCACGGCAACCGAACCUGCUGCAACGGCUGCCGAACCUGGUGCAGCCUCUCCCCUUGCGUCUCUCUCCGCCUUUGCUCUCUCCCUCCCUCCCUUUGUCCCGGCCUCGCUGCACGAUGUGGGGCCCACUGCCACUGCUGCCCUCUCUGCUCUCUCCAUCCUUGGGCUCCGCUUUGGGGGCUUGAUCAGGCAGAGAGGUGCUUGUAACGAGGAGGCUAGUAACGAGAGCAGUGGGGGAAGGGUGGACGGAGGAAGAGGGUCUGCUGCAGCUGCAGUGGAGGGGGGGGAGCAUGGGUUCUCGUUUAGAGGCCCGUCUGUUACAAUCACACCAGCAUCGCCCAUGGUAGUGUACAAGCAAGAGCUGUGUGAGGUGGGAGGAGGAACAGCAGCAGCAGCAGCUGGAGGAGGCGCAGAGGAAAACAGAGAGGCUUCUUUGCCCUCUGCUCUCCCUUCUCCUCCUCCUCCGCUGCCUCUCCUCCCCUCUAUUGCUCCUGGCGUCCCCUCCAUCCUCCUCUCUCAAUCCAUCCACACUCUCCUCGCCCCUGCCUCCUCCUCCCCCUUCACCCCCCAAUCCUCCUCCCUCCUCUCCUCCUCCACCCCCCUCCCCCUCUUCCACUCCUCUCUCUCCACCACCCCUUCCAUCCACCCCUCCUCCCUCCCCUCCUCCCCCCCCUACCGCACCAGCGUCUGCUACCUACUCCAAAUAGUUGUAGUCAAUCUCCAGUCCGCCCCGCUCCCGCCUCUCCUGCUACUAUUCCAAGUUCCCCAGGGUUCUGUGCCUAUUUCCCCUCUCGGCCGCCCCACCCAUCGCCUACGCCUGCCGCCGCUGCACCCCUUCCAGAAGCGCGUCUUCACGGCGCUCUUCUACUUCCCCUUUCCCGGAACCUUCUCCCUCUUCCCUGCGCACCUGCUGCCCGAAGCUGGGUCGGGGGGAGGGGGAGGGGAAGGGGAAGGGGAGGAGGCGGACGGGGGUGCAGUCAGGGUGGUGGCAGUGGCAGCAGGCGUACCCGCAUCCAUCCCAGUGCUCUCAUCUCUCGAAUAUGAGAGGGUGGAGAGGGAGAGGCGGGAGGCGCUGCUGCAGCAGCACCUGCUGCUAGAAGCAGAAUCAGCAGCAGCAGCAGGCCAGCACAGGCGGCAAGAUGGGUCCGGAGCCCUAUCAGCAGCGGAGGAAGCAGCACGGAGAGCGGAGCUGUGGGAGGUGAUCUGCCUGGCUGGCAACGAGGUUGACAUCCUGCGCAUGCUGCAGAGCGCCAGCCUGCGCUCGCUCAACCUCGCGCUCCUCCUCCCCCUCAUGCCCCUCGCCCCCCUCUACCACUCCAUCACCUCCCUGCUCCGCCGCCGCAAGCUCUUCUCCCCCCCCAUCUGGCAGUACUCUCUUCUCCACAAGGACCCUCAGGGGAUAGCUGAGUACUUGGCCUAUGACCAGGCGUUCCUUGCUCGCCUCUCCUCGCCCAUUCUCCUCUCCUCUCUCCUGCAUAUCGAGCCUGGGGCCGCCGGAGCAAGGCUGUCGCUUCGGUACCGACUGAAUGGCAGCUCCGGCAUUCUAGGCUCGGGGAUAGGCUCGGGGCUUGGUCCGGUGUACGAGCAUGAGGAGUUCAUGCCGCUGCUGAACCCCCGAGCCCACAGGUUCGGAAUCAGUGGUUCGGACGGGGGGAGGAGGAGAGCGAAGAUGGGAGAGGGAGAAAGAGAUGGAGCAGGGAGAGAGGGGAGUGAGGGGAGUGAGGAGGGAGGGUGGGAGGAGGAGCCCGGGGUGAGCGACAUAUGGAACGAGCAGUUGUUGGAGCAUUACACGCGGUUCCUGGAGCUGUGUGUGCGGAGGGCAGGCGGGAUGGGCCCAGAGGAGAGCCUGGCUGCGGCGUACUACCUGCUGGUGCAAGACAGGGUGAAGGAGGCGCACUGCAUGUUCCUCCGGGCCGCGUCGGGGAAGAUUUUCACCCUGCCCGGCCCGUGGAGGGUGGCUCUGUGUGGUGGGAAUGGGAGUGCUGCCCCUGUUGAGGCUGCUGCUGAAACUGCUGAGUCCGCUGUCCCCCUUACUGGCAGCCCCGCUACAGUUAACGUGCAGCUGGCUGCAGAUUACAUGGCUGCUUUUCUCGAUGUUCUCCUCUGCCCGACCGACCGCCUGCCCGUGGUCGCCCGGGCAGUUGCGAAAAAGUACCGCGCUGUGGACAAGCACGGCAGCAGCAGUGGUGGAAGCUGCCCGGUGGUUUCCUGGAGGAAGCGUUUUGCUGACCUGGGCAAGCAGGUGUUUGAAAUUUGGAUGGCUGCCCGAGCUGCCCGGGGUGGGGGGCAGAUCAAAGGACAAGUCCAGGAGGAGAAAAUCUUGGGGCGACAGGAGAGCGAGAAGGAAGGGGUUGAAGCAUCAUCGCUGGGCAGAAUGGAGAUUUCUGAAUCAAGCGAUGGUUGGGAGUGGGAGGAGGACGAUGACUGGGUGCUCACAGGGGCUACAGCAGCAGCAGGGGCAGCAGGAGGAGCAGGAGGAGCAGAAGGUGGAGAAUCAGGAGGCGCAGUAGGAGACGCAGCAGAAGCCUCUGGGACAGCUGACGAGGACAUUGCUGACGUGGCGCAGUUGGCAGAGGCAGCAGAGGGAGACAGCGCAGCAGUGGACCCCUUCUCCCUCAAGAAAAGCUCAGGGCCAAAGCCCACCAAGGAGCCCUUCCUGGAGGCCAAGCUCGUGCCCGGUACAGUCACGCUCGGUGCAGUCACCCCUGGUGCAGUCACGGCAGCUGCAGCAGCAGGGGUGGGAGUGCGGUAUGCGAAUGUGGCGAGCUUCCGAGUGGAUGUGUUUGCGUUUGACGUGGAGACUUUCUUCUCCUCCUCGCCCUUCACGCUGCUCUCAGACGCAGCCGUUGGGGGGAGGGGCGGGGAGGGAAGCACCGGUGGUGGUAGUAGGAGGGGGGGAGAAAGAGAGGGGGGGAAUGGGGUGGGCGGUCCCUCAUCGAUUUUUGUUGCGCCGAAUUGGUCUACGGUGGUCGGCACUGCAUCUCCUGCCGCUAGUGCUGCACCUGGUGGGAUGGUCUCCCUCCAUUCCCACCCCGACCCACAGGGCAGCGGUGCCGCUGGUGCUGCAGGUGCUGCGGGUGCCGCUGGUGCUGCAGGUGCAAGCACAUACAGCGGCAGAGUGGUGGUGCAGCUGCCAUCGCAGUUUGACUCGGAAGCAGUGCUCAUCAACGUCACCUCGGGCGCUCUCUCCACUACCCUCCUCAGGCCGGUGCACGAGUCUCUCGUGGUCGAGGUGGUGGAGAGGCUUGGGCAACUGCGAGUGCUUCGACGCAUCCCCACACCCACGCCUGUGGCUACAGAUGGGUCUAGUGAAGGUGGAAACACAGCAGCAGCAGGCAGGCUGCAAUCAGCUCAAGGGGCCUUGGUGCCACUGCCUGGGGCGUACGUGAAAGUUUUCUUCCGCCCGAAGGCAGGAGGGUUUUCUCAUCCCCUUGGCAGCAGCAGCAAUGGGGGGAAGAGGGGUGGGGCGGAGUUUUACAAGGAUGGGUACACGGACAGGCGUGGGUGGUUCGACUAUGCGUUUGUGAGCACGGAGGAUGUGGAGAAGGUGGAUAUGUUUGGUGUGCUUGUGACUAAAGAGGGGGCGGGCUCGGUGGUGCGCCAUGUGAAGCCUCCUAAGGUGUGACAUGGGAGUGGUUAGCUAAAUUCAAUAAUGGCAGCUAGUGUGUAUACAACUGUGCACGUGCUACUUUUUGGAGUGAUCGUAUAUUUAGGGCGUGUUACAUUCCGUCCAAAUAGCCCAAAUUUAUCCUCUUCCAUGUCAUUCUGAUGGGUUUGCUGGUAAGGGUGUAGUGCGGCACGUUCAAUAUACAAGGUAUAGCAAG